AUGAAUACACAGGAUGUCCCACCUUUGGAAGACUUCCAUUGGCUGUUGCGCUCGGCUGAGAUUAGUGAGUGGUCCAAAUAGCAGGCAAUCAUAACCAACUCCCCUUUACUUCCUGUCUGUCAGCUGUCACUGUAAACGCCGAGGUCAAGGGGAACGAAGCAUGGCUGCGUUGUUCAGAGGGUCUCGGAAUUUAUUGCAAAGAUGCAAUAAACAUGUCGAUCUGGUUCUCGGUAACGUAUUUACCAGUUUUAAAAUUUGCCACCGUCUUUUUCGUGGUGUGUCUGUGCAUAAUAGCGUAACAUGUAACCGAAAAACACACUUCCUAGCAAAGAAUUUGUGGUGUGUUAGUGGCGGUUUUUGUGCAUAACUUUGCUAUCUUCUGAACAGUUGGUUGGUUACCUGCUGUGUUUGUGUGUUUUGCAUUAGCUAAAUACAAUGUCCUCCCAUGUUGACGUUAACGAAAUAUGACCAUGAACUGAUUGCCAGUGAUGGCUUGUAACAAUGGACAUGGCUAUGCCCGCAUCUAUCUUACAAAUACCUAUAAGUAGUUAGUCAAUUCUGCAGAAUCAUGUUUCCUUAACUCUUCAUGUGACCAACUGAAUGGAACACGACGUUCUUCGUGGCUGUAGUGCCUGCAUACUUGCACGAGUAUGUUGAUUUUAAUUUAGCCAUAAAGCUUCCUCCCCCUCUUCCUACACAUCAUACAUAUGUGUCAAUUCAUUUGACACAACUACAUCAGUUCAAAUCGUCGCAUCACACUAAUGAUGCUGAACUCUAAAUGUCCUUCCAUCUCAGACAGAGGCUUUUCUUCCUGAGCUAACUGCUCGCUUUUGAAGAAAUCUAUCAACAUCUGGCCUGAAAAUCCAGUCGGCCCAUCCUAAUGUCACAGGCUUUUUCUACUUCAGCCAGGGUUGCCAGUUGCUGAAAAAAUGUCUAGCCCAAUGACCACUCAAAACCCGCCCAAAAGGCUUGAAAACAAGCCCACAUUUUUUUAGCUGCGACAAGUGAGGAGUUGCUACAUUUAUCCAAUACUCUAUCCCAUAACUUUAUCGAGCCAAUUAAGUAGUAUCAACGUAACGUGUAACAACGUUAGAAGUAAAAUUCUGUUUUCAUCAAAAUAAUAAUUAUUGCGAGUUGUGACAUAAUAAAGGAAUUUGAAUAUGUAGCAAGAGAAAAGGUAAUUCACCCUUAGUAAACUCGCCAAAUCAUUUUCCAUCAAUGGAUGUCGAUUUAACUAGUUUGACUGCUAUGAUUAAGCAAUAAGGCACGAGGGGGUGUGGUAUAUGGCCAAUAUAGCACGGCUAAGAGCUGUUCUUAUGCAUGACGCAGCAUGGAGUGCCUGGAUACAGCCAGUCGUUAGCCGUGGUAUAUUGACUAUAUACCACAAACCCACACGGUGCCUUAUUGCUAUAUAAACUGGUUACCAACAUAAUUAGAACAGUAAAAAGUACUGUUUUGUCAUACCUCUGAUAUACCACAGCUUUCAGCCAAUCAGCAUUCAGGGCUAUCCAUUUGCAAGAUUGACUUGUCAUUUCAAUAGGCACAGGCUACAGACAAAAAUCUGGGUUUAUGAUUGUAAUUAAACUUUGCCAUGGUUUGCUUAGCUAGGUGCAGGUAGCCUAUAGCCCCUGAUAGGCCGAUAUCUCUUUUCAGAUAGCCUAGAGUAAGAUGUAGGCAAGGUGUAAGCUGUACGAUUUAGUAGCUUGCUUAGUUCAAAUUGACAGACUAAUAUAUUCAACAUGAAUAGUGAGGCGAUUUCGAGGUAAGAAGUGCUUGUUGCCCAUUAGGCUACUGAGGAUGGGGUCGUAAUUUCAAUCAUUGAAUUAAAUAUUAAUUAUAUGGAUGUGAACUGAAUAUGCUUGUCAACAACAGCCAGUGUUUUUUUUUUUUUUACCUGUAUCCUAAUCUUACUGACUGUUACCGUAAAUAUUAUGCGUUCUAACAACUGAUCGGCAAUUGUGAUAGAGCUUUGAUAACUUCCAAUUUAAUUAACUAAACAUGACCAUUAAUAAUUGCAUAAUAACAAUAAUCUGAAGUUAUAGGCUAUUUAUUAAAUCCGUUUGCCAGCUCCAGGUAGUCUACACAAGUGGCACAAAUGUAUUUGCACUGACUCCAGUGAUAUUGUCAUUUUAACAUGUAUUGUAUCAAAUAGUAGGCUACAAUGGCAUAUAAAUUAAUAGCCUACUUGAUGGCCAACAGAUGCAAAUGUAUCAUUCUCCACAUUUAAUGUCAGUUUCAUUGAGGACUUUUCCCCAUAACAGAAGCACUUGAGUGAGUUCCAUAACUUCAAUUAAAAAUGUCCACUCGCGCAGCCCUCGAGACCCAAGAACUGAGCAUGCGUAUAACACUUAGCUUGAAACGGUUUUCCAUAAGCAAAGUCGACAAUCGCUUCAGAGCAAAUUUAUCUAAUGUGCUCUAGUGCGCCCAAAGUCGUUUUCCAGUGCUUUGUCGCCGUUAUUUCUUGAUGCACAUCAGUUCUAGCGUGUUAAUAUGUUUUAUGGAGAAAGGGUUGGUAAAAAAUGGGUCUCUCCAUAAUGACAAUCUAAAUAGCCUACCUACAUUUGGUAAAAAGUUGUCACCAUGUGCAUGUGUGCUACUCACGUGACUCAGCCAGUAGAGGACUGUCUCAACACACACAGACACCCCCCUCCGGCCCUCCCCACCACUCCCUCACUCAGCAACAGCCUGCCUCACUGCCUGAUAGUCAGCAGCAGGUCACAGUGAAAUAGAUAUGAUUCUUUUAAGAUGCACUAUGCAGAAAUCGCUCCACCAUUUCUUGGUUGCUAAAAUGCUAAUAGAUCGCCUAAUUUCAGUUUAUGUGACAAAACAUGCAAGUAUAGUGUAGAGAAUCAUUGAACCAUCUAAACCGCUGUGAAAUAUAUUUUCCAUAACCAAAAAUAUUGUAUUUUCAGAUGUUUGAAGCUGGUGUACAAAACCGAAAGUAAAAGAACAGAACAACUUUUUGGGCGAACGGACCAAAUUCACAUAGAACAGAUAUACGGCUUCUUAGACUUGCUUUCAAUGAGAAUAACAGAUCUAUAACUCAAAUUUCUAUGUGAAUUUGGUCGGGUCGCCCAAAAAGUUACAUAUUGCAGCUUUAAGAGAAAUGCUAUGGCGUGCAACUUAGAAGUAGCCCAAAAACCCGCGACCAAUACAUUUUCACCCACGACAUCGUUUUCAAAGUUGGCCAAUUUUCUGGAAAACCACAGACAUGGCAACCCUGACUUCAGCUACUCAUCAGAUAUUGCAAAACAAUUGCUGAGCUCUGAAUAUUACAUUUCUUCAGCCGCUAACCGAUCUUUGGCGGAGCAGAUGGUCGGGGGGCCGGAACAUAAUUAUAAUAAUUUGUACACUGCAAAUUGACCACAACUAAGACCAAAAAGAGAUUGUAUUCGAAAAUAACAAUAAUUUCAUAGGCUACCUUGAUUACAUUGAGACACGAUCACGUCUGUUUUUUUAUUUGUGGGAAUACUUGGUGAACAGAUUUGGGGGGUCCAAAUAAAUCACUUGCCGGACAGUUUUGGCCCGCGGGCCACCCGUUGCCGACCCCUGCCCUAGGAAGAUAUCAGCGUGUCAGGAAAAAAUGCAUAGAAACGUAAUGUAAUGUGGAAACAGACUGUUGUGUUGUUCUCAAGACUUGCUAAACAUGUAUCCAGCCGUGUCCAAUGUCCAUUCAUUCGGUGUGUGCACUAAGGGAGUGUGGGUGCACGAAAAUAGCUUCCUGUUAGUCAACAUGCUGUGUUACCAUGUAGGUUAACAUCGAGGGCAGUUCUGUGAGUCCAAAGAUCACUUGUAUGUUAAGCUGACCCAGUACAAUAUUUUGUGCAACCGGCACAGACCAAUCUGAGUAGAUGUAUGUUCACCAGCGCUGUUAUCAGCUAGCCUAACCUGGCUCUGUGGCAGCGGGAUAUCAGUUUCUCUUUACAUUUUACAUUUACAUUUUAGUCAUUUAGCAGACGCUCUUUUUCAGAGCGACUUACAGGAGCAAUUAGGGUUAAGUGCCUUGCUCAAGGGCACAUUUACGUCAUUUAGCAGACGCUCUUAUCCAGAGCGACUUACAAAUUGGUGCAUUCACCCUAUAGCCAGUGGGAUAACCACUUUAGAAAAAAAAAUUUUUGGGGGGGGGGGGGGGGGGUAGAAGGAUUACUUUAUCCUAUCCCAGGUAUUCCUUAAAGAGGUGGGGUUUCAAAUGUCUCCGGAAGGUGGUGAGUGACUCCGCUGUCCUGGCGUCGUGAGGGAGCUUGUUCCACCAUUGGGGUGCCAGAGCAGCGAACAGUUUUGACUGGGCUGAGCGGGAACUAUGCUUCCGCAGAGGAAGGGGAGCCAGCAGGCCAGAGGUGGAUGAACGCAAUGCCCUCGUUUGGGUGUAGGGACUGAUCAGAGCUUGAAGGUACGGAGGUGCCGUUCCCCUCACUGCUCCAUAGGCAAGCACCAUGGUCUUGUAACGGAUGCGAGCUUCAACUGGAAGCCAGUGGAGUGUGCGGAGGAGGGGGGUGACGUGAGAGAACUUGGGAAGGUUGAACACCAGACGGGCUGCGGCAUUCUGGAUGAGUUGUAGGGGUUUACAUUUAAUGCUACUUUCUGUUGCCCCAGCCUCAACUACAAAAAAUAGUCCCUGUAUUGGUUACGGUUGAAAGGUUUGGUGUUUUCAGCCCUGCAUUUUGCUUUGGGGGGGGCUUUGUGCCACGCCAAGGAGUAUUGGAAACACGGGCGUAUGGAACUACUCUAAAAGAACAAUGACAAACGGUUUACUUAAAGGAAAGAUUCACCAAUUUUGAAUGUUAUAUUGUUUUUGUGCAUCUCUAAGGCGAUGUUCUAUCGAUUCCCAGGGUCAUUUCAUGUUUUCAUGUGUAUCUGAGCUAUUCGCCGUUCAAGCUGCAGAAAUACAGCCGGAAUGACGUGAUGCAAAACUCGUCAUACCAGCUGUAUUUCUGCCCAACGUGAAUGACAAGAACUCAGAUGAACAUGAAAUUACCCCGGUAAUUGAUAGAACAUCGCUCAGAGAUGCACAAAAACUAUAUACUUUUUUUUUUAAAGGGUACACCUUUCCUUUAAGUAGGAAUGUGCUAACUUAACCAUAGCUUAUGUCGCUACAAUUUUCUGUAGUAUGCCUAUGUAUUGACUGUCUUCUCUGUGUCUGUGCUGUCCAGUGUCGAGCAGGUCGAUGGCCUCUAAGACUCCGGUGGGGUUCAUUGGGCUUGGGAAUAUGGGCAGCCCCAUGGCCAAGAACCUGCUGAAGCACGGAUACCCUGUCAUCGCCACCGACGUCUUCCCUGAGUCCUGCAAGGAGCUACAAGACGAGGGGGCACAGGUAACACCUAGCUAGCACCCAUUUACGUCACCUAGCCUACUUUCUGUGUUGCUCUACAUUACCACUGAAUCAUAGCAGUAAUCAUAACAGUAGACAGGACGCACCAUAAUUAAUGUUGACCAUGCACAGUAGAUCACCUGCUGGAGGUCUACAUGUUGAAACGCCCGGAUAUUAAUAAAAAAUAGGACGCCCACGGAUUUUAACUAUUUGUCGGCCUUGUGUGUUUUCUCUAUGACUUACUGUAUUGCUCUCCAUUACCAUGAAUCAUAGCAGUAGGUCAACAGACUCAUACCUGUAGGGCAGGGAGACAAGCAUAGGCCACAUUACCGGUACAUGGACCCUACAUGUGAGCUGUGUACCUGCUGAGUCUGGAGGUGAUGGUCGAAGUACAUCUGUUUGUGUGUGUUUCUCAGGCUGCGUCCUGACUCUCAAAGGGUGCACUUGGAUUUACAAAUGGUGGAAACUCCCUUCAGCCAGUGCUUAAACCAAUCCAACGCUUUUAAAUCCAUGACGGGGAGUGUGCAAGUGCAGACUUCAGGAAUAUGGAGAAAAGGGAUGCAACCUGGUUGUAUCUCUGUUAGUGUCUUUUCUGUUUAUUUCUCACCCCAUCUUUACCAUCUGUUUCCUCCCUGUCCAGAUCCUGGACUCCCCAGCGGAGGUUGCAGAUAAAGCAGACAGGAUCAUCACCAUGCUACCCUCCAGUCCCAACGUCAUAGAGGUCUACACUGGACCCAACGGCAUCCUCAAGUAAGCAGCUACCCCUCUCUGGUCCUUCUCACCAGAACUAAAGUUCUGGUGUAAAACAGACCUGAUCCCCUUUCUCUGGCCUAGCCUCUAUAACUGGCCUGUCCCAGUUAUAGGGCAGGGGUAGGUAACCCAGAUCCUGGAAUGCCACCAAUUGUACAGGCUUUUGUUGUAGCCCUGCACUUGUGCACCUGAUUAAACUGAUCAUGGUCUCUGAACUGAGUUAAGUCAGGUGAGCUAGUGCUGGCCCUAAAACAGAGCCUGGUACUGUGGGUCUGCACUCUGAGAUAAUGUGAUAUGGUCAUGUGACUGUGUUGUUCCUCUCUUGUUCUUCUGGUACGUGCUAUCUGGGAUCCUUGGGACGUCCCUACCCCCCAGUGAAGUCGAAAUUUAAAAUGGUUAAGGUUAGAUAAGGCCUGAUCACCGACAACGAUGAGAUAGCCUAUAGGGAGGAGGUCAGAGACCUGGCCGUGUGGUGCCAGGACAACAACCUGUCCCUCAACGUGAUCAAGACAAAGGACAUGAUUGUGGACUACAGGGGAAAAAAGAGGACUGAGCACGCCCCCAUUCUCAUCAACGGGGCUGUAGUGGAACAGGUUGAGAGCUUCAAGUUCCUUGGUGUCCACAUCACCAACAAACUAUCAUGGUCCAAACACACCAAGACAGUCGUGAAGAGGGCACAACAAAGCCUAUUUCCCCUCAGGAGACUGAAAAGAUUUGGCAUGGGUCAUCAGAUCCUCAAAAAGUUCUACAGCUGCACCAUCGAGAGCAUCCUGACUGGUUGCAUCACCACCUGGUAUGGCAACUGCUCGGCCUCCGACUACAAGGCACUACAGAGGGUAGUGCAUACGGCCCAGUACAUCACUGGGGUCAAGCUUCCUGCCAACCAGGACCUCUAUACCAGGCGGUGUCAGAGGAAGGCCCUAAAAAAAAGACUCCAGCCACCCUAGUCAUAGACUGUUCUCUCUGCUACCGCACGGCAAGCGGUACCGAAGCGCCAAGUCUUGGUCCAAAAGGCUUCUUAACCAAGCCAUAAGACUCCUGAACAGCUAAUCAUGGCUACCCGUACUAUUUGCAUUGCCCCCCACCCCCACCCCCCUCCCUCUUUUACACUGCUGCUACUCUGUUUAUUAUCUAUGCAUAGUCACUUUAAUAACUCUACCCACAUUACAGGGGGGUACCGGUACAGAGUCAAUGUGCGGGGGCACCUCAAUUACCUUGACUAACCGGUGCCCCCGCACAUUGACUCUGUACCGGUACCCCCCUGUAUAUAGCCUCCCUACUGUUAUUUGAUUUUACUGCUGCUCUUUAAUUAUUUGCUAUUUUCUAUUAUUUUAUUAAAACUGCACUGUUGUUUAAGGGCUUGUAAGUAAGCAUUUCACUGUAAGGUCUACACCUGUUGUAUUCGGCACAUGUGGCAAAUAAAAUGUGAUUUGAUAAGGGUAAGGGUUAAGGUUAGGGUGACGGUAGAGGUUGGGCUUUAGAAUAGGGACGUCCCAAGGAUACUGUAUAGCACUAACCCUGUUCUUCUUUCUCAGAAAAGUGAAGAAGGGAACGCUGCUCAUCGACUCCUCCACCAUCGACCCCUCCGUCUCCAAGGAAAUGGCCCUCGCCGCCGAGAAGAUGGGCGCCGUCUUCAUGGACGCUCCCGUGUCAGGAGGUAACAUUCUGUUGCUAUGGCGAUCACGUACUGUGUCACUCUACUAGCCAUGUCCAUAGAAAGGUUUUCCUUCUCCUGUUUCUGGCCUACACACACACACACACACACACACACACACACACACGCACACACACACUCCUUCUCUCUCUCUCUCUCUAGUCCUCAUUUCAUCUUGGACACACAAACAGACACAUCAGCUGUAGAGCUUUAGCAGUAAUGCUAACCAUGUCAUGUGUUCCUAUGUGUAUCUAUAGAUACCCUAGUGCACCAGAGUCUAUAAAUACAGACUCUGGUGCUAUAUAUUAUAAUGAACAGUAUGUAGGCUACAGGCCACUGAUUGUACACCGGUGACAGAUCAACAGCUGGUGGAAAUUGAUCUUGUUGAUGGCAACAUAUUUGAGGCUAUAAGGCAACAUUGUCCGAUCAGAAUCCUAGGAAUAAAACGAAAGCAAACGGGCCGAAACAGGGGAAAAACUACCUGAACUUGUCCAAUUAGAAACGCUUGUUUUUGUUUUUCCAUUGCAUAAACGUUUUGCUACGGUGUGCACUAAUGAAUACGACCCUUACCUGAGCAAGCACAAUAUAGGGUUGGUAGUUCAGCGCUGUGCUUCUUCCCUCCAGACAGUGACCACCCUUUGUAGUCAGUGUAGAGCGGGUUUUAUUGUUGCUUUUGACCGGGUCUUAAAGGCAAGGUUUUAAGUCGUCAUUAUGUUAGUCCUGUUGAUCUGAUGGCUCCUUGACAGUGCACAGGACAGUGUUCUCCUUAAUGGUUUGAGCCGCAAUGGAGAAUACCGUGUCAGUGUUUUUUGAUGGAGCCGUAAUGGCGGGUAUCUCUUGUCAGUGCCUUUCAUGUAGAUAAAGAGGAGAGAAACUGGCCCCACAGGGAGUGAAAGGUGAGACGGGAGGGAGACGCAUAGCUGUAAAACUCUCCCUCUCACCUCGGCCAGACCAACCGGGGGGCACGCACACGCACACACACACACACAGACAUACACAUACAAAUACGACUGAUUCACAUUUCUGCAGGUCCACUUUUUGACGAUCCCCAACAGCCCACACCGUGGUCAUAUGCUUGUCUGCCAACACUCAUUUUCUCACACACAUUCCUCACACACAACGCUCCCUCCCUCCCUCUCACACACACACCCUCUUUGCAGUGUAGACAGGCUGUAGUUAGUGAGUGCAGUCCUCUGUGAAGACCCUUCCUCUCUGAAGAUUGUUUUACACACACACAGCCACACACACACAGGCACAAUGUUUACAAACUUCUUCUCUGGGCUCUUAGCGAAGCCUGGUUUACUGCUCUGGAAUGGCCAAUGAUUUACCUGUUACUUCUAGCCUGAGCCCCACAGACGCCUAACGCGACAGCGCGCGCACACUCCCAAGUUCGGACACAAACACACACACACUUGACCGCCCACUAUCUAAAGCUCAUAUAUAUAUAUAUAUACACAUCCUAACAGAACUGGCCUCUAACCCCCUUGCUGAGGAUGAAAGUGGCCCAUCGGUGAAAAGCUGAACUUGGGGAGAAGACAGAGAGAGAGGUCAGGAGGUGGAGGGUAAAAUACAGGUCACGUCCCAGACGUCCCAGUGUGUUGUGUUGUGAGGGCUUCUCUCGCCGAUAGAGUGGGGGAGGGGAUUUGACAUGCUGCGUUUGUCCAGGAGGUGGCACUCUGCCCCAGUAGGGAGCCAUGUUUGUAUGCGUGUAGUGCAGACACCCAGGGGUGUCAAACCCAUUCCAUGGAGGGCCUAGUGUCUGCAGGUUUUUGGUUUUUUUCCAUUCAAUUAAGACCUAGACAACCAGGUGAGGGGAUUUCUUUACUAAUUAGUGACCUUAAUUCAUCAAUCAAGUAGAAGGGAGGGGCAUUGUGUUGUAUUUAGUGUGUCUGUGUUUGUUAGAGACAGUCACUACUGUUUCUUGUGAUCAGAUCCAGAUCUAACGACAGUGACACACACACACACACACACACACAGAGACGCAUGCAUACACACAUACACACAUGAGGUGUUUUUGACUGGUGGUCCCACCAGAAUCUUCAGUUAUGAAGUCACCACUGCACACAGACACACACACACGGUGACAUACAUUGAUCCCUAACACACUUAUUUUUGUGUGAGUUAAUGCUUAUGAUAUCUAAUAUGGUAUCUACACACACGCACAGAUUCAUGCAAAGAUCACAAACAUUUUCAGUCACUUCAUGCAUCCUCACAGACAGAGACUUCCUGUGCUUUUGGGGUUUUCUUUGUUUUUUAAAUUUAGAUUUUUUUUUUAAUUCAAAAUUAAUCCUCUCUGGUCUGAGUGGUGAGUGAGGUAGUGUGUUUUUAAAAGUGUGUGUGUGUGUGUGGUUCCCACCUCGAGUGCGUCACUAGGGGUUUGGCAGUUUCCCCUGGGGUCUGAGACGAGGAAUAAUAAACUUGUUAAAUAACGACAAUCAAAAAAACAUAUUUCUUUCUUUCGCUCUCUGUUUGUUGGUCUUGCUCUUACUGACCAGUUGCCUGGCCCUGCCUGCUAUGUCCUGGCAUAGAUACUGUCUUUCACUCUCUCUCACACACACACACACACUGCACGUAGUCACUUACUGUACACACAAACAAGCGCAUGGACACUCUAAAAUAUACACACACCAAUUCUCACACACACACAUACACACAUUCACCACUGUCUGGUGUUGUUAAAAGUGUCCGCAUGCAAACUAGACCCACAACAAAACGGGCUCUGACGUCACGAGCCCGGGCUGUUGGCACGGCGAUGGCAGAAAUAGGAGCAGCAGCUAACGAGCGGCGGGGUUGUUAGCGGUAAUUACCCAGCAUGCCUGCGUCUUGUCUUCCGGCAGUGGACCGCCACAUCGCUAACGGACGGCGAUUUUAAAAAGCUUUGAAAAGCCAUUCAUUAAUUUCCCAAUGCUGAGAACUACACUAUCAGUGGUCGAGAGAGAGUGUGUGUGUUUAAGGGACUGUACUGCAUUAACUUUGGUGCGACCGUGGGAGCUUAAUGGGUUUGUAUACAGUGUGUCUCAGACAGCGCAAGUUUGCUGUGCAACCUUUUAACUGUGUUUCAGCCGAUUACAUACUCAUUUUCAGCAGGCUACUUUUUCCACUUCAUAUUAACUAGGCUACUUUCCAUUUAAAUGUUUCAUUUCUCUAGUUCGUCGAGCCCUCUCCCGCUAGAAUUAGCCUCUGCCGAGUCCCCAACAACCGAUGUUCUGGUUUUCAGGGGAAAUUGAAAGAGAGCCUGUGACUCGACUUGCGCUUUUGGACGUAAACAAGGCGACACGCCAUCUUAACUCCUCCUCCACAUUUACUGGAUAGGUUGAACAGCACAUACAGUGGGGAAAAAAAGUAUUUAGUCAGCCACCAAUUGUGCAAGUUCUCCCACUUAAAAAGAUGAGAGAGGCCUGUAAUUUUCAUCAUAGGUACACGUCAACUAUGACAGACAAAAUGAGAAAAAGAAUUCCAGAAAAUCACAUUGUAGGAUUUUUAAUGAAUUUAUUUGCAAUUAUGGUGGAAAAUAAGUAUUUGGUCAAUAACAAAAGUUUCUCAAUACUUUGUUAUAUACCCUUUGUUGGCAAUGACACAGGUCAAACGUUUUCUGUAAGUCUUCACAAGGUUUUCACACACUGUUGCUGGUAUUUUGACCCAUUCCUCCAUGCAGAUCUCCUCUAGAGCAGUGAUGUUUUGGGGCUGUCGCUGGGCAACACGGACUUUCAACUCCCUCCAAAGAUUUUCUAUGGGAUUGAGAUCUGGAGACUGGCCACUCCUUCGUUGCCCGGGCGGUGUGUUUGGGAUCAUUGUCAUGCUGAAAGACCCAGCCACGUUUCAUCUUCAAUGCCCUUGCUGAUGGAAGGAGGUUUUCACUCAAAAUCUCACGAUACAUGGCCCCAUUCAUUCUUUCCUUUACACGGAUCAGUCGUCCUGGUCCCUUUGCAGAAAAACAGCCCCAAAGCAUGAUGUUUCCACCCCCAUGCUUCACAGUAGGUAUGGUGUUCUUUGGAUGCAACUCAGCAUUCUUUGUCCUCCAAACACGACGAGUUGAGUUUUUACCAAAAAGUUCUAUUUUGGUUUCAUCUGACCAUAUGACAUUCUCCCAAUCCUCUUCUGGAUCAUCCAAAUGCACUCUAGCAAACUUCAGACGGGCCUGGACAUGUACUGGCUUAAGCAGGGGGACACGUCUGGCACUGUAGGAUUUGAGUCCCUGGCGGCGUAGUGUGUUACUGAUGGUAGGCUUUGUUACUUUGGUCCCAACUCUCUGCAGGUCAUUCACUAGGUCCCCCCUGUGUGGUUCUGGGAUUUUUGCUCACCGUUCUUGUGAUCAUUUUGACCCCACGGGGUGAGAUCUUGCGUGGAGCCCCAGAUCGAGGGAGAUUAUCAGUGGUCUUGUAUGUCUUCCAUUUCCUAAUAAUUGCUCCCACAGUUGAUUUCUUCAAACCAAGUUGCUUACCUAUUGCAGAUUCAGUCUUCCCAGCCUGGUGCAGGUCUACAAUUUUGUUUCUGGUGUCCUUUGACAGCUCUUUGGUCUUGGCCAUAGUGGAGUUUGGAGUGUGACUGUUUGAGGUUGUGGACAGGUGUCUUUUAUACUGAUAACAAGUUCAAACAGGUACCAUUAAUACAGGUAACGAGUGGAGGACAGAGGAGCCUCUUAAAGAAGAAGUUACAGGUCUGUGAGAGCCAGAAAUCUUGCUUGUUUGUAGGUGACCAAAUACUUAUUUUCCACCAUAAUUUGCAAAUAAAUUCAUAAAAAAUCCUACAAUGUGAUUUUCAGGAUUUUUUUUUUCUCAAUUUGUACCUAUGAUGAAAAUUACAGGCCUCUCUCAUCUUUUUAAGUGGGAGAACUUGCACAAUUGGUGGCUGACUAAAUACUUUUUUUCCCCACUGUAAGAGAACUUCCCCCGACAGUUUUUUUUUUUUUUUCUCCUCGUCAAGACCAGGAUGUAGGGGAUCUGGUUUCAGCCAUUUCUUUUACACCUGCUACGUUAGGUUAUGCUAGAAUGAACGAUAUGCAUCUUCUAGCAAUCUAUUGAUAGGAUAGGCGCCUGUCAGUCACAAAGCCAGCGAUGACAGGAAAACGCAGUCUGCUGUUUGUCCUGCCUCCCGUUACAAUUUGUGUGCACUGUGGUUGUUUGCAGUCGAAUUUCUUUACACAGAGGAGGGAGAGAGCAUGAUGCUCGUGAAUUUGCAUUUCCCAUGUAAUGAUGAGUCAAAAUCCACAACUUUGCCUAAUUAUUGUUUUCUGGCACAUUCAUUUAUUUUGCGUGUUUCUCAUAGCCAGCCACGGGGAGUCCUGGCUAGGGCUGGACUCAACAAAAAAAAUCUUGGUUGACCGAAAGUCAUCUGUUCUUUCCACCAAUUGAUUGGUCUAAAAUGUUUUAAUGUGUAUUUUUCCAUAUAUAGACACACCCUAUGUGUUUUAAUAAAAUCAACUAUAAGCAUUGAGCUUGUCUGAUGCUUAAAGCUUAUGGUUUGAUUAAAUAAGACAAAUGCCUAGAAGGGCGCCAGAGAUCUAGAUAACCAGAAUAAAAAAACGUAACCUGGCCCAACUAUUCUCCUCCCGCUGCUGCUGGCUUUCGCACAAUUUUCUCCAGAAGUUGCCGGAAAUAGGGUACACGAGGAGUCUGCAACCUUUCUCAUGUUGAAUGCCAAUUUAUCUUACAAUUUCUACCGAUCUGUGUGCCAGUUUUGGUUUUCAUAUGCUCAUUUUGAAGUCUUCAUAUCUCAAAAUCAUUGUCAUGUGGUUAAUCUAAAUCCUAUCCAAAUCUAAAUGAAAAUGAUAAAACCUUAAAGGUAACUUCUAUUGCCAUUGCCAACUAUGUAAAAAUAGCCUACAUAAAGCCAACAAAUAAAAACAUUGCACCCUGCAGGUAGAAAAUAUCCUGAUAAAAAUUCAUAUCCUAUAAAUCACAAUGGCUACGAACUUGAAACAUUGUAUCAACUAUUAAGUUGGGUCCAGCCCCCAAAUCUUGAGCUAGCAAACUUGCAACAUUGUAUAAAAUAUUCUGGGCCCUCAGAGUUUCCCCGCCAGUGAGCUCGGGACAGACACAGCUGUAGGCUAUGUGCACAAGGGAUAAGUGUAGCAUAGGUUGUGCACAUUGCAAACAAUGUGUCCACUCAGACAAUGAGAACGGGAACACUGGAAUAUUGAAUGCAUUAAAAUAUUAACGUAACCAAAGCAACAAACAUUGUAGAUUAGAAAUUAUAGGAAUUAACAGUAAAUGUACUACUGGUGAUAUAUGUAAUGGGGAAUUGACAAUCAAACACAAACAAUUCACACAAUGAAGUUAUGAAACAAUGAAUGUGCACAAAUUGGCAGGAGAGAGCGCAUUCUGGAGAGAGUAGUGAAUUGUGCAUCAGGGUGCAUGGGGAAUCUGACGUCUGCAUUGGCAGUGCAGAGCUGUUGUCAAGGAAGUGAGUUUGUGUUUAUACAGGAUAUACCGCCCCCACCUACCGUCAACCAAUCAUGUCAAUGCGGCGCUAUACAGAGCCCUCUGCAUUGUUACAACAUUUGGGAGGCGCAUGGUGAUGCGCUACAGAGCUCGAUUUGGCCUCUGCAUGCCUCUGGAGGCUCUGCAAUUGCGUCACACCCUCAAUAUGGCGCCUCCGACCAUAUUUUCGUAUCAAGCAUGAAUUGGCUUUUAGUCUAGGCCUCCGCAAUGGGGUGUGUGUGUGUGUGUGUGUGUGUGUUACUGCUCGACUAAAACAAUCUCGGUCGACCAACAGCCUAACGACCAAACAAUCGACCAGUCGACUAAUUGGGGUCAGCCCUAGUCCUGGCGUGUAGUAGGUUAUUUACUGUGCUUUGACAAUAACAGCAAGUAUUGACUAGUUUAUAAAAGGUGUCGAACUGACUGAAUAAAGUCGAUCUCUUAUAUCUUUGCCAUUCAUAAAUCAUGCAACGUGGUUAUACACGACCGGUCAAAAGUUUUAGAACACCUAUUUUUUUCUUUAUUUUUACUAUUUUCUACAUUGUAGAAUAAUAGUGAAGACAUCAAAACUAUGAAAUAACACAUAUGGAAUCAUGUAGUAACCAAAAAAGUGUUAAACAAAUCAAGAUAUAUAUUAUAUUUGAGAUUCUUCAAAUAGCCACCCUUUGCCUUGAUGACAGCUUUGCACACUCUUGGCAUUCUCUCAACCAGCUUCAUGAGGUAGUCACCUGGAAUGCAUUUCAAUUAACAGGUGUGCCUUCUUAAAAGUUAAUUUGUGGAAUUUCUUUCCGUAAUGCAUUUGAGCCAAUCAGUUGUGUUUUGACAAGGUAGGGGGGUUAUACAGAAGAUAGCCCUAUUUGGUAAAAGACCAAGUCCAUAUUAUGGCAAGAACAGCUCAAAUAAGCAAAGAGAAACGACAGUCCAUCAUUACUUUAAGACAUGAAGGUCAGUCAAUACGGAAAAUGUCAAGAACUUUGAAAGUUUCUUCAAGUGCGGUCGCAAAAACCAUCAAGCGCUAUGAUGAAACUGGCUCUCAUGAGGACUGCCACAGGAAUGGAAGACCCAGAGUUACCUCUGCUGCAGAGGAUAAGUUCAUUAGAGUUACCAGCCUCAGAAAUUGCAGCCCAAAUAAAUGCUUCACAGAGUUCAAGUAACAGACACAUCUCAACAUCAACUGUUCAGAAGAGACUGUGUGAAUCAGGCCUUCAUGGUCGAAUUGCUGCAAAGAAACCUCUACUACAGGACACCAAUAAUAAGAAGAGACUUGCUUGGACCAAGAAACACGAGCAAUGGACAUUAGACCAGUGGAAAUGUGUCCUUUGGUCUGGAGUCCAAAUUGGAGAUUUUUGGUUCCAACCGCUGUGUCUUUGUGAGACGCGGUGUGGGUGAACGGAUGAUCUCCGCAUGUGUAUUUCCCACCGUAAAGCAUGGAGGAGCAAGUGUUAUGGUGUGGGUGUGCUUUGCUGGUGACACUGUCUGUGAUUCAUUUAGAAUUCAAGUCACACUUAACCAGCAUGGCUACCACAGCAUUCUGCAGCGAUACGCCAUCCCAUCUGGUUUGGGCUUAGUUGGACUAUCAUUUGUUUUUCAACAGGACAAUGACCCAACACACCUCCAGGCUGUGUAAGGGCUAUUUGACCAAGAAGGAGAGUGAUGGAGUGCUGCAUCAGAUGACCUGGCCUCCACAAUCACCCGACCUCAACCCAAUUGAGAUGGUUUGGGAUGAGUUGGAUCGCAGAGUGAAGGAAAAGCAGCCAACAAGUGCUCAGCAUAUGAACUCCUUCAAGACUGUUGGAAAAGCAUUCCAGGUGAAGCUGGUUGAGAGAAUGCCAAGAGUGUGCAAAGCUGUCAUCAAGGCAAAGGGUGGCUAUUUUGAAGAAUCUCAAAUAUCAAAUAUAUUUUGAUUUGUUUAACACUUUUUUGGUUACUACAUGAUUCCAUAUGUGUUAUUUCAUAGUUUUAAUGUCUUCACUAUUAUUCAACAAUGUAGAAAAUAGUAAAAAUAAAGAAAAACCCUGUAAUUAGUAGGUGUUCUAAAACUUUUGACCGGUAGUGUAUGUCCAUGGUAUCGCAUCGGGACAAGUAAACCAAAGGAUUUCCUAGGUUUCCUUUUCCUAGGAUGUCUGUGCUUACCACACAGGGAUAUUAAAAUGAGUGACUCUCAUCUCGUAAGUCAGUGUAGCCUAUUGAAUCACAUCGGUGAGAGAGCUGUUCAUAUGGCUCCAUAAUUUUUAUAGGCUACUGGUAGCAGGCCUAGGCUUUUUGGCGAUUAUCUGCAGUUAAAUUAUGAAAACAUUAGAUAAAGAUGGUGAAUCAUCACUGCAGGAACAAUAGGUAGUGGAGAGCAUCAUUUUGGUCCGAAUAUGAUAAUUAGGGCCCUCGCGGAAUAUUCAAAAAGGUAUUGACCUUAGUUGGGAAUCAACUAAAUGUACUGAACAUUUACUAAUUAGCCCAAGUUUAUCGUAAGACACGAACAGAAUGCAUCAGUGAUUCGUUUUUCCUGCGACUUUCUGAAGAGGCAUUGAGAAUGCCCCUGUGUGUGGCGCGUGUGUACCACUUUGUGUAGCCGUUAGUGAUGAUGCUAAUGAAAACAGUCUUCUUAAUUAAAUGUUAACUACAAAGUAGCCUAUGCUUACCUGGCAGAAUGAUACAGUGUCAUGAUCAUUUUAAUCAAUCCAGUGGGUAUUUGUUUUGUACAUUCUACUAUCACAUGUGCUCUACAAAAACACCACUAAACAACAGCCUUUUGCUAGGCACUUGAAUUAAUAGGUAACUACAUCAGAAAAUCACAAUUUCUCAGAUUUCUCCCAGACCUCAAAAGUGGUCUCCUGAUGUGAUUUACGCAUUGUUGUGGAUUUAGAAUAUCAAAUUUUCUAUUAAAAAAGUUUGAUUUUGAGAGCGAAAAACCUGAAAAAACUGGGUACAACGUAAACCUGGAAAAACAACACCUUUUUAAUUUAUUUUACAUAAUGUGGGAUAUUUACUUCAUUUUUCUGUUUUAAUAAAAUACAUAAUUUGAAGAGCAAACAAAAUGGUGGAAUUCAUAUCUUGCAAUAAAACUGAAGCUGUUUUCGAAUACUCAGACUAACCAUACUAUUUGUGACAUAAGUUGAGUAUGUAGUAUGCUUAUUGGUCGCAGUAUGGAUAUAGUUAGUAUGCCAAAAGUUCCCGGAUAUCAUACUACAUUCGCCAAAAUACAAAGUAUACGAGCAGUGGACACUAUUUCCGUGCUUUUAGGGCCCAUAAUGCAAUUCUUCGGAAAAUGGGCAUAGCUUCACACAAUUUUCAGUUUUGAAGAAAAUGGCGCAAAAUAUGCAGCCGAGGUCCGACAAGAGCGCAUACAAAUUCAUUGCUUUAACUAAUUAUGACAAAUGUUAAAAUGUUGAGCAAUGUAAUAAAGUAAUGACUUUUCAAAUAAGUUACGUUACACGUUAUGUUGGCUGACAAUUUGUUAGCUACGCUAUCCUUACACACUGCAUAGCAUAUCAUUACAGCAGUAUGUACCGGUAUGUUAGCUAGCUACCUAACGUUAGUUGGUUACUAAUACAUCGAACUUCCCAAUAUAUUAACUACAGUGAGGGAAAAAAGUAUUUGAUCCCCUGCUGAUUUUGUACGUUUACCCACUGACAAAGAAAUGAUCAGUCUAUAAUUUUAAUGGUAGGUUUAUUUGAACAGCGAGAGACAGAAUAACAACAAAAAAAUCCAGAAAAACGAAUGUAAAUUUUUUUAUAAAUUGAUUUGCAUUUUAAUGAGGGAAAUAAGUAUUUGACCCCUCUGCAAAACAUGACUUGUUGGCAAUCACAGAGGUCAGACGUUUCUUGUAGUUGGCCACCAGGUUUUCACACAUCUCAGGUGGGUUGUUUCUCCCACUCCUCUUUGCAGAUCUUCUCCAAGUCAUUAAGGUUUCGAGGCUGAUGUUUGGCAACUCGAACCUUCAGCUCCCUCCACAGAUUUUCUAUGGGAUUAAGGUCUGGAGACUGGCUAGGCAACUCCAGGACCUUUAAUGUGCUUCUUCUUGAGCCACUCCUUUGUUGCCUUGGCCGUGUGUUUUGGGUCAUUGUCAUGCUGGAAUACCCAUCCACGACCCAUUUUCAAUGCCCUGGCUGAGGGAAGGAGGUUCUCACCCAAGAUUUGACGGUACAUGGCCCCAUCCAUCGUCCCUUUGAUGCGGUGAAGUUGUCCUGUCCCCUUAGCAGAAAAACACCCCCAAAGCAUAAUGUUUCCAUCUCCAUGUUUGACGGUGGGGAUGGUGUUCUUGGGAUCAUUGGCAGCAUUCCUCCUCCUCCAAACACGGCGAGUUGAGUUGAUGCCAAAGAGCUCGAUUUUGGUCUCAUCUGACCACAACACUUUCACCCAGUUCUCCUCUGAAUCAUUCAGAUGUUCAUUGGCAAACUUCAGACAGCCCUGUAUAUGUGCUUUCUUGAGCAGGGGGACCUUGCGGGCGCUGCAAGAUUUCAGUCCUUCACGGCGUAGUGUGUUACCAAUUGUUUUCUUGGUGACUAUGGUCCCAGCUGCCUUGAGAUCAUUGACAAGAUCCUCCCGUGUAGUUCUGGGCUGAUUCCUAACCGUUCUUAUGAUCAUUGCAACUCCACGAGGUGAGAACUUGCAUGGAGCCCCAGGCCGAGGGAGAUGGACAGUUAUUUUGUGUUUCUUCCAUUUGCGAAUAAUCGCACCAACUGUUGUCACCUUCUCACCAAGCUGCUUGGCGAUGGUCUUGUAGCCCAUUCCAGCCUUUUGUAGGUCUACAAUCUUGUCCCUGACAUCCUUGGAGAGCUCUUUGGUCUUGGCCAUGGUGGAGAGUUUGGAAUCUGAUUGAUUGAUUGCUUCUGUGGACAGGUGUCUUUUAUACAGGUAACAAGCUGAGAUUAGGAGCACUCCCUUUAAGAGUGUACUCCUAAUCUCAGCUCGUUACCUGUAUAAAAGACACCUGGGAGCCAGAAAUCUUUCUGAUUGAGAGGGGGUCAAAUACUUAUUUCCCUCAUUAAAAUGCAAAUCAAUUUAUAACAUUUUUGACAUGCGUUUUUCUGGAUUUUUGUUGUUGUUAUUCUGUCUCUCACUGUUCAAAUAAACCUACCAUUAAAAUUAUAGACUGAUAAUUUCUUUGUCAGUGGGCAAACGUACAAAAUCAGCAGGGGAUCAAAUAUUUUUUCCCCUCACUGUAUAUGCUAUCUAACUAACUACCCAAUGUUUAUUGACGUCAUUCUUAGCUAAGUGGGAUAGUCGUUGUGCGUUCUCAAUGGACAUUGUUAAUUUGGGUGCGUUCUUAAAUUAGCUCUGGCUAUCUACUCCGAUUUCAGAGCACUCUCGUCUGAGUGUGCCAGAGCGCAGAAUAACUUAUGAAUUUAUGAACGCUCGACACCUGUUGAAUAUGGCCGGUGUCAGUAAACGUCCGCAAAAAAGCGUAAUUAAAUUGUUGCCAGCAGCACAGUUAGUCACCAAAGCUCUGGAUAACAUGAAAACAGCCUAACCAGCUCUGCUAGGGUGAGUAAAAUGGAAGUAGCUAGCAAGCUAGCCAACGUUAGCUUGGGUGCUUGACUGCCGUUGUGAGGUCAGAAAGCUCGGAUCAACCCUACACCUCGGCCAGAGCUUCCAAUGUGCGCUCUGAAUGCUCCGAGAGCGAACCCCUCUGAAUUUACAAAACGGACAAUCUGACAACGCUCUGAAUUUGCUAACACCCAGAGCGCACUCUGGCACUCCAGUUUGAAUUUACGAACACACCCGAAGUCGUAAGAUGUCUAGCUAGUAAUUUGUUAUGCUAACAAGCUAGCAAGAGGUUGCAUAGCAACAGCAUCAACUUCCGGUAGACAGGCGUAGCGCUAGUAGGCUCAACAAAGGAUACAGUUCGUUUUACAGUAUACUAAAAUUAACUAAUAGUAUAUACUCGUUAAGUAUGUAGUAUACAGUAUGUUAGUAUGGGUAUUCGAACACCGCUUAUGACUUUAAUCUCAAGAGAAGACAAGUUAAAGGUUUAAUGUUCUCUUACUUAGAAAAUAGUCCUGAUCAUAUAGACCUAGACAAUAUCCCAAAACGACUAACAAUACACUGAAUUCAUAUAUUUUCAGUCAUUUAAAUUGUAAAGUCAUGUCUUUCUACACAAUAUCACAACACAUUUUUCCAAUCUGGGAGGUAAACUCUUUCAUAUGGAAUCAAGGCAUUAGAAUACAACAAAGGCCACAAAUAGAGCUCCUUCGGCAAAUAAUGUUGAACCCAGGGGAGCGAACAACCCCGGACCCCCACUUUUUUUUUAAUAGUUGGCUGUCUUGUGGAAAACACUGGCAAUCACCUAAGGCCACAGGCAAAUCAUCACAGCUAACCAUUGUCCAAAUACGAGCGUGACCAGAAGAAGGCAUGUUAAGGUUCUGGUGUAGGGAAUGAGAGAGAAAUGGGCCUAGUAGGUAUCACAGCUGUGGGUAACUGGCUGGGCCUGCUGUCAGUGCAGUGAUGACUGACUAAAUAUAUACUGCAUAUAUUAUGUUUUUCUAUGUUUUGGUCUUCGGCAAGGUUUUUUUUGGGGCUCUUCGUACACGCAACAAUUUUCCUGAGGCAAGCCGAAGUUCGGUAGCCGAAGUCUACGCCCCUUUGUCGGUGAUUGGUCAACAGUAGGGAUUCUUAAAUUAAGUGUUUGUUGUCAUUCAACAAGAAACGACUUGUUUUCAUGCAAAUGUUUUCCCUUGAGAAAUACUGCACCAAACACCUUAGAUGUAAAAUUGCGCUACUAAGACCUCCACAGCAAAAACGUCAAAAGUAAUUAUAGAUUUCUUGAGUUAUCUUAGAUUAAUUCAGAAUAUUAUGAGGAAGUGUAUACUGGCUACGGCGUCUCAAGAGGGACAAACAGUACUAUUGCUGCUUGUUUCUUGUUUUUCAAGCGAAGUUCUUUUUAGGGCACAGACGUUCACUUCGCCUAGCCGAGUUCUGCUAGGAGCAAACCAAACCUAGUAUGCAGAUGCUUUAACCAGCACUGAACUGACUAGAUUAGCAUAACAAUCCCAUUACUAGGGGGACCAGGGGGACAGAGGGAGGCUGAUUAAGGGGAGAGGGAGGGAUGAGGGGAGGGGAGGGGGUAAUGGAGGAGAAGGAGGUAGGGCAGUCAGGGGUGUGGGUGAGAGGAGGGGAGUAAGGGGGUGGGGGUCUAGCCUGGAGUCCAGAUGGAAGCAGACCCACAGCAGCUGGGGGACUGUCCCUCUCAACACGGUGUGUGUGUGAUGUUUGGUGUCCUUCUCUGUGGGUGUGUAGGCCUAUUUGUCAGCUGGUGUAUGUGCCAGUUUUACUAUAAGGCUCUGUCCAUCAAAUUCUCCUAAACCCCUCCCUAUAUGUCACUCAUUUUAAGAGAGCGUGUGGGGCUGGGGGUGAGGGGGGGAGGGGGGUCAUUAUCAGUCCGCCUCAAACUCAAUGGGUCUGCUUUGGGCCACAGGGAGGAUUGAUUCUGGAAUGAUCGCUCUCUCCUCUUCCUCCACCUCUCCCUUUCUCCUCUGUCUCCUGGCAUUGACCACUCUCCCUCAUGGAAUGGAGCAGGCACUGAUGAUGAUGAUGAUGAUGAUGGUCAGGGUACUGUUGCAUGUCUUUCAGCAUCAUUCUCUCAGACUUCCUCUUCCCGCUUUCUCCCUCUCUGCUUCAGUUUCUUCGGGGUGUGUGUGUGUGUGUGUGUUCUCAUGACGUUUGUCAGUGUGUGCAUGUCAGUGUGGGAUGGUUCUCAGGCUUGAGCUCGUUAACGCAGUAGAUAAAUACUGUUUUUAACAUGAAGGACUAGCAUUAGCGACUUUGGCAGAUAAACUGUUGAAAGUGCAGAUUUUUUAUGUGUGUGUGUGUGAUUUGGGUUCGCACUCUCUCCCUCUUCUCUCUCCAUUUGAGUUAUUUACUUGAUAUCCAUCAAGUUUUUACAGCACUUGUUUGGGUUUUUAAUGUUUGAGAAAAUAUCUCCCAUUGGGUAUAAUUAUAUCACUGGACCACAUGAGGCUGCACUGAAGGCCUGUAAACAUUCUGUCUCUACCCAGGGGUUUGGGGAGGAAGGAACGCUAGUGUAAUGUUAGAAACCGUAUCAUAUUGUUUAGGCCUAUAACUCAGUGAAAAAUGUUGCCAUUAAGAUGAGAGCUCUAUGUUAGAACAAAGGUCACUUCAGAUUUUCAGUAGUCAAACCAAGUAUAUAACUGUUUGCAUUGCCAGCCCGUUUUCCUCACACAAUUGAAUAAGGACUCAUGCGUCUCCUCAGACCUGAAUUACAGCACUUUUCCUUGAAGGUGUGUUUACUCUGGUAGAAUCAGCCUGGCACAGUAGUUCAGCUGUGAAAUGGAUUCUACACAAACACGGUAGAUUCAACUGUCAUCGAAGGAAAUGAAUGAACGGUUACAAUGGGUUGUAAUGGUGUAAUGAAAGAUGUUAGUGUUACUAGGGUUCCUUUAGUGACCAGCCACUCUCAACCCCAGGAAAAGAGCUGGAGUGUGGCUCACAUUCACUACUACAGCGUGGGAACAACCACCGUGGUGUGUGUUUGUACAACCUCAUAUUCAUAAUGUAGUUUAAUUGAACCCUACCACCAAUAAAAGUGCCUACUGCUUUACACAAGCCUCGUAACCCUGUGGAUAUUGCCUCAGAAGCCCCGGCUGAGGUCUCCACCACAGUCAAGUUUGGGAUCUGCACCUGUCCCUGAUUGCUUAGACACAAGACACGCACACACACUCCCACACAUUUACACAAAGAUACACACUCGCACACAUACAAAAACAGAUGAAGACACACACACACACACACACAGACAAAGAUAAACCGCUUCAAAAAGGGCUCCAAUUUAAAAGGCUAUAAGACUAUAGUGAAUCGCUUCAGUUAAUUAUUUGUCUGUAAUGAAAAAAGUGCUAAUUAAUUCAGCUCUCGUUAGAACAUGACAGAAACCAGAGUUUGCGCUGAUCUCCUUCCCCCGUCUCACCCUCUCUCCUUGACGUAGAGGAGACAUGGAAAGGAAGCCUCUUUAGGAUAUUGAGAUGCCUUCUUUCCUUGAAGGAGAGGAGACAAGGAAAGGAAGCCUCCUUAGGGUAUUGGGAUGCCCCCAGCCUCCCACAGUCACUGAAUCUACUUCCCACCAUGUUAGACUAAGAGUGGCUUUGGCUGUCCCCUCUCUCUCUAACGGUCAUUAAUACUAACGCCAGCUCACCGUGGUUGAACCGUGGUCAGGCUAGUUCAACUGGGACUCUGGGUUUUAUGUUGGCCAACCAUAACUUGUCCCUGGAAUAGGAAAGAGGGACUCUUGUCUGCUCUUUCCCAAGGGAAUUGUUUCUCAGAGAAUAGAGGCACAGCUAUCCUGGUCUCUCUCGCUCUUUACCACUCUCUCCCUCUCUGCCUCUACCUUACUCCCUCUCUCUCGCUCUUCUCUCUCUCUUAACCACUCCCUCCCUCUCUCUUGCUCUUUACCACUCCCUCCCUCUCUGCCUCUUUACCAUUACCUCACUAUACAGUCUCUCUCUCCCCCUCAGUUUAUCCCUCUCUGUGUUUCUCACCCUCUUUCUCUCUCUGGGCAUAUCUCCGUCAGCUAGCCCAAGGGGGCGAUGCGUGGUAAGUCUGUUUUUAACAAUGCAGGUGUGUCAUUUUCCUGUGGGAUGGAUGGUACAGGGCGGAGCAGGCGGCAUUCCCAACGUGUUCCCAACACUCCCACAGCCUCAUUAGGAUUCCUGUUUAAUCCGUCUCUGACAGGACCGACCAGGCCACGGGACGCCCUUACACACACACAUUUGCAAGAAGACACACUCUCUCUCCCUCUCUGUUACGCUAAUGAUGUUAUUCUUCUUCCUGCACGGCCGAUCUUUCAUCAUCCCUCUGUCACUGCUUAUAGAAAUCCACUACAGAUCAUAAGAGCUUAUUAUGGGUGAUUAGUUCAUCUGAGAGAGAGGGGGGAGGGGGGAGGGAGGGAGUGAACAGAGAGAGAAAGUAUACCUCUGCUCUCUCUCUCUCUCUUCUCAUCUUUCUCUCUCUCUCUCUUCUCAUCUUUCUCUCUCUCUUCUCAUCUUUCUCUCUCUCUUUCUUUGUUUCCUGCUCUUUCUUGCCCUCUCUCUCUGUGUUUCUCUCUCUCUCUCUCUAUCUCCCCCUCUCCACGUGUAGAGAUGUAUAUUGAACAGCAUGUUGACUGUGAUAUCAAUAGUCUCCUCUUCAGUGAUCCAGUCUAAUGAACCAGUGGAGGUUUACAAUGCUGCUUGGCUUUUGUUGUGUCAGCAUUAUAUAGGCCUUAUUAAUGGUAAUGUUGGUGGUUGUAUGUAUGGUGAUUUGGGAUCCAGAACAUCUCUCUCUCUCUCUCUCUCUAUUAUUCUCCUGAUUAAUCAGCCUCUCUUUAGCUCCGUCUUCAUUUCUAAGUUAGAGCCUUCUCUCUCUCACUGUGUUAUGUAAGACAUGUGUGUGUGUUGACCUGUGUGUGUGUUGACCUGUGUGUGUGUUGACCUGUGUGUGUGUUGACCGUGUGUGUUGUGGUCCGUAGGCAGACGCUGCAGUAUGGGCUGGGUUCAUUAUGCGGCCUAACUGACAGGCCGUCACUGCUGCGUCGCACGCGCAGACAGACAUACAUACAGACAGACAGCUAAUUAUCAGAGCGAGAGCGGGUAGGAAGAGUGGGAUAGCUAGGGUAAUGCAUACAUACCAUUACCCUAUGGACAAUGACAUACAGGCAACCUGCUGUGACUGUGUACAUCAGUCACUCUUUUUUCCAUAACACCUCUCUCUCCCCUAUCUCUCCUACCUUCUACACCUUAAGCCUCUCCUCCCCACUCUCCUCUUCUCUGCCAUCUCUCCUCUUCCCCUCUGCUAUCUCCUCCACUCUCUCCUCCCUCUCCUCUCCUCCACUCUCUCCUCUCUCUCCUCCCUCGCUCCUCUCCUCCCUCUCCUCUCCUCCACUCUCUCCUCCCUCGCUCCUCUCCUCCCUCUCCUCUCCUCCACUCUCUCCUCCCUCUCCUCUCCUCCACUCACUCCUCCACUCUCCUCCUGGUUGUGUAGUUUCAGCUAUUUUCUCUCCCUCCUUAUUCCUCUUGAAUUAUUAACACCAACAUUAUUAGGCCUUCACCAUCAAGAGGCCUUUCAUUAGAGCUACACGGCACCCUGAAGACUGAUCACACACACACACACAGACACACGUUACUAAGACUGCUGAUACACACUCCUCUAACAGUGUCGCUAAGGCGUAGUGCUCCUUUGGUGUUGAGGGAUGCACCGUAGGACACACUGUCCUGUCCACUGUUACCAAGCACAGCUCAACAUGGCCUGUUCUAUGGAUUAAACCCGAGCUUUCAGAAACUCCACACGCUAUGUGAUUCAGUAAAGAUCAUAUAGAUAUGAUGAUGAUGAUGAUUGUGAUUUGUUUGACCUAGCACUAGGACUAUAGUAUGGAGAAGUUGUGCUCUUUGAAUACUUACAGGUACCGGCAAUUUGCGUGCCUGCCUGCCUGCGUGCGUACGUUUGUGCACGUGUGUGUGUCUAGGGGUUAAUCAAUGGUAUAUUAAGGGGCCGGGCCAUGGCAGAUGAGAUUUGGGAGUGAGGGUUCCGCCUCCGUUUUUAACAGUUAAAAUGUUGUGUUAAUCUAUCUGGCACGUCUCUGGUCAUCUAUCUGUGUCAUCAGGACCCGUCGGGGGGUGGAGACGUCCAUGCUAAAACAUGGAACGCUCCUUAAGCCAUCAGGCACUGGGAGGGACGGGGGAGUGUGUGUGUGUGAGGCCUAAUUGAACAUGAUAAAGUGUAAAGUUAAUUACCCCUCACGGCUGUCACUGAUACCCCGGGGGGUGUUUCUAGGGGGGUAGCCUCAGGCACAGCUGUCGGCCUGGUUUUGGUGGGGGGGGGGCAUAGUGGUGUGUGUGAAGGAUAAAGGGGGGCCCAUGGGGGUCGUGUGGAGGAUGAUGGGAACAAUCGGCUUUUAAAGACGCCCCCCCCUCUGGUGAGCUGCUCUCAACAAUCCUGUCCUGUCCCAUCAGGACACACACACACCCCUUUCCCAGAGCAGAAAAGAUUGUGAUGUCUCUACAAAUUAAGUGGUUAACUAUCACUGAGCUCCAUAGACCAAACAAAAUAAUCUGACUGCUAUUGAGGAGUCUUGUACUUGUACUGUGAGAGAGCUUUGUGGCAACAUAUCACUUUAACCUUCGUUACCCCUGCAGAACACUGACAUGAUGUUGAUAUAUUUGGGAUUAAAUAAGGCCGUCAUAGGAGUGGUAGGACAGUUCGUGCAUAUAUUACGACGACAUUUUGUGACGUUUUGGUCUUCAGCAAGGGGUUUUUCGGAUGUUCGUGCGCACAUUUUUUUUCCUGAGGCAAGCGGAAGUUCGGACGCCCCUUUGUCGGUGAUUGGUCAACAGUAGGGAUUCUUCAAUUAAGUGUUUGUUGUCAUUCAGGGAGAGACGACUUGUUUUCAUGCAAAAAAAAAUCACUUGAAACCUCUUAGAUGUAAAAUUGCGCGACGAAGACCUCGACAAAAACUUCAAAAUUAAUGAGUUUUCUUGAGUUGUCUUAGAUUAAUUCUGACUAUUUUGAGGAAGAUACUGAAUCUCGAGGGAUUCUGUUUGUACACUUGUUUACAUGGAUAUGCUUCUUAAUAAAACCUAUUUGAAACAAGGCAUUACACUUUGUUAUUAUCAUGGCAUUUCAUUAUUAUUAUUCAGGUUAUUACUUAUAAAUAUUAAUUAACAAAUUAAGAAAUACCAGGUUGGAGAGGAUCUACAGCAUUUUUGUAUUUACACAACAUUAACGGAGUCAGAAUAAAGAUAUAUGCCUACCUUGUCCUUGUCUGUUGGCUUUUCUGCAUAUAAAUAUGUUUUUUAAAAAUACAGAUCCUAUUUAGACACACAAAACCAUUAAAACGAAGUCGGAUGUGUUUUCUCCCACUUUUCCCGAAAUAUUUGCACGUCACAAACCCUGCUGCUGCGGUCAUUCGACAGUUCUUCGAAGAGAGGACGCCGUAAUGAAAUAAACUACUGAAAACAGGCCUUUUACAAGAUUAAAUCAUGACAGGAGCGUUUGAUUCUUAUUAAAGAGAUGGAGUCCAGACAGGCUACGUUAGGAAACUUUCUGAAUGGAAAUAUAGGCCUAUAGAGAGAAUCAGCGAACUCACACGCGCACAACCCGGUAAAAAUACCCGUCAAUCAAAGCUACCAGCGUAUGUCAGACACAAGCAAAUAUUUUCUCCUUUCCUUAACGUAUUAAAAAACCUAGGCCUACCUUAGGCUUUCUGAAAAUAGGAUCUAAGAUAAAGAAUUGACAAGGAAAGUAUGAAGGGGACAGCUGUGAUAUCGUAUGAAGAUGACAUUGACAGUUAUUAAAAUAGAAACAAAUACACUCAACGUCCGUAGCCUAUUUAUCAGCGACGCUGAUUAUCAAGGGAGAGAGUGUUGGAAAUAUUUUUCAAAUAUUGUGAGGAAGUAUUAUAAUUUGAAUGGAUGUAAAAAAUAUAUAUAUAUAACUGACUUAGUUGAAAAAAAUGACUGCGCCCAGCUGGGCACUUUCCUACAUUUGACAUUUGCGAGAAGCAGGCCAGGUACUUCUAUGCGUGCUCAGUCUACAUUAAAAGGACAGAGAAACCAGACACAUGCUCAUUGCUCACAUGGAGCGCGUAAAUUAUGGUAUGAAAUAAACCAAAACUUGAUUCUCACAAGUGUAGCAGGUUCUGAACUCUGCAAAAAAAAACAUCCACUCCGAGAAUGAGAACGGUAAAUUACUGUAGUUAAUACAUGCAUUAAUGUAACCAAAUGACAGGGAUUAACGGUAAAUUGCCUUUUUUUACAAACGGUUGGUUACCCCAUGGGCAUUCAUAAAAGUGCAUUGCGGGCCAACACAAAUAUUUGAUCCCCUGCUGAUUUUGUAUGUUUGCCCACUGACAAAGAAAUUAUCAGUCUAUAAUUUAAUGGUAGGUUUAUUUGAACAGUGAGAGACAGAAUAACAACAAAAAAAUCCAGAAAAACGCAAGGCAAAAAUAUUAUGAAUUGAUUUGCAUUUUAAUGAGGGAAAUAAGUAUUUGACCCCUCUGCAAAACAUGACUUAGUACUUGGUGGCAAAACCCUUGUUGGCAAUCACAGAGGUCAGACGUUUCUUGUAGUUGGCCACCAGGUUUGCACACAUCUCAGGAGGGAUUUUGUUCCACUCCUCUUUGCAGAUCUUCUCUAAGUAAUUAAGGUUUCGAGCCUGACAUUUGGCAACUCGAACCUUCAGCUCCCUCCACAGAUUUUCUAUGGAUUAAGGUCUGGAGACUGGCUAGGCCACUCCAGGACCUUAAUGUGCUUCUUCUUGAGCCACUCCUUUGUUGCCUUAGCUGUGUGUUUUGGGUCAUUGUCAUGCUGGAAUACCCAUCCACAACCCAUUUUCAAUGCCCUGGCUGAGGGAAGGAGGUUCUCACCCAAGAUUUGAUGGUACAUGGCCCCGUCCAUCGUCCCUUUGAUGCGGUGAAGUUGUCCUGUCCCCUUAGCAGAAAAACACCCCCAAAGCAUAAUGUUUCCACCUCGGCGAGUUGAGUUGAUUCCAAAGAGCACGAUUUUGGUCUCAUCUGACCACAACACUUUCACCCUGUUCUCCUCUGAAUCAUUCAGAUGUUCAUUGGCAAACUUCAGACGGCCCUGUAUAUGUGCUUUCUUGAGCAGGGGGACCUUGCGGGCGCUGCAGGAUUUCAGUCCUUCACGGCGUAGUGUGUUACCAAUUGUUUUCUUGGUGACUAUGGUCCCAGCUGCCUUGAGAACAUUGACAAGAUCCUCCCGUGUAGUUCUGGACUGAUUCCUCACCAUUCUCAUGAUCAUUGCAACUCCACGAGGUGAGAUCUUGCACAGAGCCCCAGGCCGAGGGAGAUUGACAGUACUUUUGUGUUUCUUCCAUUUGCGAAUAAUCGCACCAACUGUUGUCACCUUCUCACCAAGCUGCUUGGCGAUGGUCUUGUAGCCCAUUCCAGCCUUGUGUAGGUCCACAAUCUUGUCCCUGACAUCCUUGGAGAGCUCUUUGGCCAUGGUGGAGAGUUUGGAAUCUGAUUGAUUGAUUGCUUCUGUGGACAGGUGUCUUUUAUACAGGUAACAAACUGAGAUUAGGAGCACUCCCUUUAAGAGUGUGCUCCUAAUCUCAGCUCGUUACCUGUAUAAAAAGACACCUGGGAGCCAGAAAUCUUUCUGAUUGAGAGGGGGUCAAAUACUUAUUUCCCUCAUUAAAAUGCAAAUCAAUUUAUAACAUUUUUGACAUGCGUUUUUCUGGAUUUUGUUGUUGUUAUUCUGUCUCUCACUGUUCAAAUAAACCUACCAUUAAAAUUAUAGACUGAUCAUUUCUUUGUCAGUGGGCAAACGUACAAAAUCAGCAGGGGAUCAAAUACUUUUUUCCCUCACUGUAUAUCCUAGGCUACUAUUCUACUUUGCAGGGAUAGGAGGGCGGCAUUUUGUUUGGUCUCUCCUAGGACGGCAUAUUGGACAGGACCUGGCAUGAUCAGCCUUGAUUUAGUCUAUAAAUUUAAAGAAAAUAUUCCAUAUCAAAUUAUACCAUACCAGGUUGGAGAGGAUUGGGCAUUGUCCAUUUGACACAAUAUUAGCGCAUUAUAGGCCUUAGAGCCAGAACAACCUUGUCGACCACUGUUAAAUAAUUAAUCAAUAGUCAGACACAUCCAACCUUUUUUUUUUUUCAAAGAAGACAGAUUUAUUUAUUUAUUUACUAGCAAGCAAUGAAAACAUGCAUUGUAUAAAAGAAAGUCGAUACCAUCAAAUUAUUUUGUGACUUUAGUGGCAUAGCCUAUAGUGUUCUACACCCCUGCGCAUCAUUAGUUGGAACGAGAUGAAGAACGUUUAAUAGACAGUUAGCAAAACAAUUGCUUAUAAUCAUUAGUAAAUACUCCCGCUAUUAGGUAAAGUUUAUCUACAUGAAAAUAAAGUUAAUACAAUUUUUUAAAAUCCUAAAAUGAAUGUAGACCUAAACAGUUUUAAGGAACUGAACAGAAGGACAACCAUCUCUGCAGCACUCCACCAAUGAGGCCUUUAUGGUAGAGUGGCCAGACGGAAGCCACUCCUCAGUAUAAGGCACAUGACAGCCCACUUGGAGUUUGCCAAAAGGCACCUAAAGGAGUCUGACCAUGAGAAACAAGAUUCUCUGGUCUGAUGAAACCAAGAUUGAACUCUUUGGCCUGAAUGCCAAGCGUCACGUCUGUAGGAAACCUGGCACCAUCCCUACGGUGAAGCAUGGUGAUGGCAGCAUCAUGCUGUGGGGAUGUUUUUCGGCGGCAGGGACUGGGAGACUAGUCACGAUCGAGGGAAAGAUGAACGGAGCAAAGUACAGAGAGAUCCUUAAUGAAAACCUGCUCCAGAGCGCUCAGGACCUCAGACUGGGGCGAAGGUUCACCUUCCAACAGGUCAACAACCCUAUACACACAGCCAAGAAAACGCAGGAAUGGCUUCGGGACAAGUCUCUGAAUGUCCUUGAGUGGCCCAGCCAGAACCCGAUCGAACAUCUCUGGAGAGACCUGAAAAUAGCUGUGCAGCGACGCUCCCUAUCCAACCUGACAGAGCUUGAUAGAAUCUGCAGAGAUGAAUGGGAGAAACUUCCCAAAUACAAGUGUGCCAAGCUUGUAGCGUAAUACCCAAGAAGACUCUAGGCUCUAAUCGCUGCCAAAGGUGCUUCAUCAAAGUACUGAAUAAUGGGUCCGUUUUUAAUUUUUAAUAACUUUGCAAACAUGUCCUAAAUCCUGUUUUUGCAUUGUCAUUAUAGGGUAUUGUGAAUCGAUUGAUGAGGGGGGAAACUAUUUAAUCAAUUUUAGAAUAAGGCUGUAACAUAACAAAAUGUGGAAAAAGUCUAGGGUUUUGAAUACUUUCCGAAUGCAAUGUAUACUAUUCUAUCAUAUGUAUUCUUCAGGUAUAAUAUAUAUUCUAUCUAUAUACUGUCCACAAUGUCUAUACAUCCCAUCAUAUAUGUAUAUUAUAUUUAUUUAUUAUAUAUAUGUACAUUUUAUAUAUACAGUAUCAGUCAAAAGUUUGGACACCUACUCAUUCAAGGGUUUUUCUUUAUUUUUACUAUUUUCUACAUUGUAGAAUAAUAGUGAAGACAUCAAAACUAUGAAAUAACACAUGUAAUAACCAAAAAAUAGUUAAACAAAUCAAAAUAUAUUUGAGAUUCUUCAAAUAGCCACCCUUUGCACACUCUUGGCAUUCUCUCAACCAGCUUCACCUGGAAUGUUUUUCCAACAGUCUUGAAGGAGUUCCCACAUAUGCUGAGCACUUGUUGGCUGCUUUUCCUUCACUCUGCGGUCCGACUCAUCCCAAACCAUCUCAAUUGGGUUGAGGUCGGGGGAUUGUGGAGGCCAGGUCAUCUAAUGCAGCACUCCAUCACUCUCUUUCUUGGUAAAAUAGCCCUUACACAGCCUGAAGGUGUGUUGGGUCAUUGUCCUGUUGAAAAACAAAUGAUAGUCCCACUAAGCCCAAACCAGAUGGGAUGGCAUAUCGCUGCAGAAUGCUGUGGUAGCCUUGCUGGUUAAGUGUGCUUUGAAUUCUAAGGGAAUCACAGACAGUGUCACCAGCAAAGCACGCCCACACCAUAACAACUCAUCCUCCAUGCUUUACGGUGGGAAAUACACAUGCAGAGAUCAUCCGUUCACCCACACCGCGUCUCACAAAGACACAGCGGUUGGAACCAUAAAUCUCAAAUUUGGACUCCAGACCAAAGGACACAUUUCCACCGGUCUAAUGUCCAUUGCUCGUGUUUCUUGGCCCAAGCAGGUCUCUUCUUCUUAUUGGUGUCCUUUAGUAGUGGUUUAUUUGCAGCAAUUUGACCAUGAAGGCCUCAUUCACACAGUCCCCUCUGAACUGUUGAUAUUGAGAUGUGUCUGUUACUUGAACUCUGAAGCAUUUAUUUGGGCUGCAAUUUCUAAGGCUGGUAACUCUAAUGAACUUAUCCUCUGCAGCAGAGGUAACUCUGGGUCUUCCAUUCCUGUGGUGGUCCUCAUGAGAGCCAGUUUCAACAUAGCGCUUGAUGGUUUUUGUGACUGCACUUGAAGAAACUUUCAAAGUUCUUGAAAUGUUCCGUAUUGACUGCCCUUCAUGACUUAAAGUAAUGAUGGACUGUCGUUUCUCUUUGCUUAUUUGAGCUGUUCUUUCCAUAAUAUGGACUUGGUCUUUUACCAAAUAGGGCUAUCUUCUGUAUACCCCCCUACCUUGUCACAACACAGCUGAUUUUGCUCAAACACAUUAAGAAGGAAAGAAAUUCCACAAAUUUACUUUUAAGAAGGCACACCUGUUAAUUGAAAUGCAUUCCAGGUGACUACCUCAUGAACCUGGUUGAGAGAAUGCCAAGAGUGUGCAAAGCUGUCAUCAAGGCAAAGGGUGGCUAUUUGAAGAAUCUCAAAUAUAUUUAGAUUUGUUUAACACUUUUUUGGUUACUACAUGAUUCCAUAUGUGUUAUUUCAUAGUUUUGAUGUCUUCACUAUUAUUCUACAAUGUAAAAGCUAGUAAAAAAUAAAAACCCUUGAAUGAGUAAGUGUUCUAAAUAUUUUGACCGGUAGUGUAUUGUGCAAUACUAGUGUGUACUGACCAUGUAUUGUGUGCUGUAGGUGUGGGAGCAGCCAGCCUGGCUAAUCUAACCUUCAUGGUAGGAGGGGUAGAGGAGGAGUACACUGCAGCCCAUGAGCUCCUCACCUGUAUGGGCGCUAACGUAGUGUACUGUGGACAGGUCGGCACGGGACAGGUAACUAACACACUCUAGUGUACUUACAAGUUUGCAUACAAAUUUACCAUUUUCAUACACUCAAACAUUAUUGUAUAGUUGGUCACUCUCUCAUUACAAUAAGUCUGCUUUUUGUCUCACAGGCAGCUAAGAUCUGUAACAACAUGCUGUUAGCGAUUGGGAUGAUCGGGACUGCGGAGACCAUGAACCUCGGAAUA